AUGGACCCAGAGCCUUCAUGGAAUCCGAAAGAUUAUACACCAGAGGAAUAUUUCUUGGAUGAGCCUGCGGCAGGGAUAGAAUAUUCCUUCAAUGAGUCUGAUUGGCCUGCGACAGAAGAAAAUGUUGCAGAGGAACUGGCGGAUGGAUCAUCAACGGAAGUGGGCCCAGCUCCGAUUGAAGAAGCCCCCGGAAAAGACCUAAUCUAG